GCCAGACCCGGCCCUCCCCGCGUCUCGCCCGGCGGUGUGGCGGUGCCAUGGCGCGGGCACUGGGCCCUGCGCGCCUCUUUCGGAGCGCAGAGGCGCUGCUGGAGAGAGAGGCGCCGAAUACCGUAGUGCUGCUGCACGGCCUGCGCUUUGCGCCCAAUGCGGGUGCCUCCCUCCGCGCGGCGCACUUGCUUGGGGCGCAGGCCGUGAUCUUCAUUGGAGGUGUCGCUGAGAAGGCUGACCAGGACCUGGCACCACUUCAGGAGGCCCUCCGCAUCUCCAUGGCCGCACGCCACGGGUGGCGGCUUCACCUCUGCGCGCACCCCAAAGCCGAGGCGCAGAAGGUCCUCGACGCCUGCCGGGCCUUUGGCUGCUCCAAUGUUUGCGUGGAGACGGACACCGCAGGCCUCUCCUCGCCACCUGCAGCGCUGGAUUCUGCGGACCUGGCCCGAGAGAAGGCAGCCUUCCUGUUUGGAGCCGAGGACACAGGGGUACCACUAGAACUAAUGAAGGCGUGCGAUGACUUUGUCUCCAUCCCCACGUUGGGUAAGGGCUCCCUGAACGUCUCCCACGCGGUGGCUCUGGUCUUGUACGAGCGCGGGCGGCAGAUCCGGCAGAAGAACAUUCAGCCUGCUUGAGCAGCAAAGGGAAGCUCCGCUCCAAGACUUCCGUCGACCUUGACGAUCAUAGUGAGCUCGUUGGUCGGUGCCACAGAUGGGCUGUACCAGGGUGGACGCACGAUACAGAGGCGGCCGUACAGCAGCUUGCAGCAUGGUUGCCUGAGGAGGAAAGGCUCAGUUUGCUCCACUCGGGCUUGAAGAGCAAGGGUUUGUGCAUGCCUGGAUGGCGCAUGCACCCUUGGACCAGCUGGAGUCUGGUCGCGGAAGCGUCCACAGUCUAAGCAUAUCCGACUUGGGCGCAGACCAAGUCUUGCCGAUGAGAGCCAGGCUGAC